GCGGAAGAUCGAGCUUCGAGAUAUCGAUUUAAAAUCGGCAUCUCUAGUUUAAAGUGAUUAUAUAUUGUCAUACAUCGAAGAGAUUUAACGAACACCGAUUUUAUAUUUCUUCAAUUUGCAACGAUGAUUUAUUUCCAUUUUGAUCAUUUAAAGAUUAAGGAGAUUUGAGGUGAAAAGUUACUAAAUGAUUUGUGAAAGGGAACAUUAUUACUUAUAAUAUAUGGCAGAAGAUACAGAAAUAUAUUGUGGCUUUUUGGAUGCUAAAUUGUCAGGAACAAGAUGCUUAACACAAAAAGUGAGAAAAAGAUCUUUAGCUCCAUGGAAAGUUUGGAAAAGACAUUGGUGUAUGGUAAAAAAAUUGGGACCAGGUUUAGAAAUACAAUUAGACUAUGGUAUAAGCAGUGGUGGGAUUUCUCAAAAUGAAAAGGAAAAUUCUAUUAUAGUACCCUAUGAUGCUAUUGUAUAUCGUACUCAAUCUAAAUCUAAACAGUUUGCAUUUGGCAUAUUCUUAAAUAAAGAAAGAAAACCAUUAUUGUAUCUAUCGGGUUGCUCUGAAACAGAGACACAACGUUGGAUGUCAGAUAUUCGUCAAUUAUUAAAACCAAGAAGACAUAGAUUCAUGGACCGGUCUUAUAAUAUUUCUUUAAUAGAUAACGCACAUUCCAGAUUAGCUGGUUUAACUGGUUUAUAUGGAGAUUUAGUAGCCAGUCAAAUAGGAGUAUUUAUCAAAGAUAUUCAUACUGGUGAAAUAAUACUGCAUCUAGAAUGGAAAGAAAUGAAACAAUUUCAUUUAACUACAGUGGGUCGUCCAGAAGAUGUUAAACGUAUAUGUGUAAUUCAUACCACUAAAGAGUUCCGUGCUGGAGUCGGGGAACUUCAUGUAUUUUGUUUAAAAGCUAGUAAAUUGUUACAAGACUUAGUGACUCAGGGCCGUGGUCCAAGGCACAAACAUAUCGAUCAGAGGCCUUUAAGUUUAAGCGAAGGUGAUCUUAGAAUAUUAGGACAUUGUGAAGAAAGUACAACAACUUUUCCAGCAAUAAAGAGCAAAAUUGCAUUUAGUCUUAUUAAUGCAGGAUUAGGAUUACUUUUAUCUUCUCGUUCAGGAAAUGAUGUUAAAUCAUUAAAUGAUAUGACAAACAGUCAUAACCUUGAUAAAGUUGUGAAUGGGAAGAAACCUAUUCUCACCAGAGUUUUUGAUAAUAUUUAUCAACAAAAACCAUCUAGUAUUCCUGAUAUUGUAUCUAGUAUUAAAGAUUUAGAUGAUACUUCAUCGAAUAGAAGAGUUUCCAAUGUUUCUGUGGCUUCCGGAGUUUAUGAAGAAAUUAUUGAUAAUACUAAUUGUUCCAGAAUUGUAUCAGUAACUUCUAAUUUUUAUGAAGAUCCAGAAGAACUUAUUUUUAAUUCUCAUGGUCUUCAACUGCAACCGCCACCGCUACCACCUCGACAGCGGUGUGGAUCUGCAUCUACUAGGAAUGGCAGUAUUAGCGAAGAUGGUUUAGAUUCUGAAGGAGAUACUAGAUCAGUUACUCCAAAUGACAUCACACCACUUUCUGAAUAUAAAAUAAUGCAACCACAGCAAGCAAUAAUAGAUAAUUCUGAAUACGUUCCAAUGUCACCUAGACCAAAAGUCAUCAAUUCUUAUCAUCUUGAAGUACAACAAUCUUCACAAGAUGAAAUUUACAUGGUCAUGCAGUAAUAGCAAUAAGCAUAUGUUACCAUCAAUUUUAAGCAUGAAUAUAUUAAAUUUACUUGUCUAUCAAGUCAUUGCAAAUACUUAAUAUGAGUGAUAGAAAUGUUUCACACGCGAAUAUGUUUUAAAUAGUUCUUAUAAAUAUAUCUUUCAUAUAUUAGCUUUCUAAAAAUAGUUUGAACUUUGUAUAUCUCUUGUAUACAAUGCUUAAUGGUAUCGUAUGAGAUUUUAUGUAUUUUCUAAUUGAAAGCAGGGUUAUUAUUGAAGUAUAAAUAUUUUCAUUUAUAUAUUUGAAGGGCAUAAUAAUAUUCAUUCAAUAUUAUCUAUAUACAUUUCUAUUAGAAACUAUUUAUAAUUAGUAGCAUGGUAAUUUAGAUUAACAAUUUAUUUCAUUAUUAUUUUGAAGAUAUGCCAAUCUUUACUUAUA